AAUGCUACACAAAAGUGUAGAGACGUCAACAUGUUUUUAAGUAUUAAAUUUACCUGUUUUAUUUCUUUAAUUAUUGUUGAGUGUUUUGGUAAGAAUAUGGAUGUUUUAAUAGACUAUUAUGAACGUGAAAUUAAUAAUAUUGUGGAAAAUGCAAAGAAAUUUACCCCUGAUAAAAAUGCAGGAAGAUACCGGCCGAAAUCUGAUGAAGUACAAGAUUAUGGUAGUUUUGACUAUAUUGUUAUUGGUGCUGGGACAGCUGGAUGUGUCAUAGCUAAUCGCUUGUCGGAAAUAGAGGAUGUUCAUAUUUUACUUUUGGAAGCCGGUAAAAAAUCCAGUGUUAUCAAUGAAAUGCCCGCACUUUAUGGUUUGGCUAGUUCUAGUGACUACAAUUGGGGUUUUUAUAGCACUCCCCAGAAAUAUGGAUGCCAAGGAUUUACAAAUCAUUCCUGUGCCUGUCCUAGAGGUCGUGGAGUUGGAGGAACAUCUUUGAUAAACUUUAUAAUGUACUCAAGAGCAAAUGAAAAUGACUUCAAAAAAAUCGCAAGAAAAACAAAAAGCGUUGAUUGGGAAUACAUUAAUGUUUUGGAAUACUUUAAAAAAUCAGAAAACUUUACAAAAACGAACAGUAAGGCAAUUUAUUAUCCAUAUUUUCACGGAGAAAAUGGAUACUGGAGCGUGGAGAAUAGUGAGAGUGGAAAUCUUAGAAACGAACUAUUCUUAAAAGCAAACCUAGAAUUGGGAAAUAAAAUAACCGACUAUAACAGUAGAGCUGAAGUUGGAGUAUCAUAUACCCAAACGAACAAAAAACAAGGUAGGCGUGCCGAUACUGGCUCUGCUUUUAUAGAACCUAUAAUAAAAAGAAAAAAUUUUAAGGUAUCCCAGGAAAGCUAUGUUAUCAAAAUAGAAUUUGAUCCUGCUACAAAAGCCGCUACUAGUGUUUUAUUUACUAAAAAAGGAAUACUGUAUAGAGCCACAUCAAGAAGAGAAAUUAUUUUAUCAGCUGGGGCUUAUCACUCCCCUCAAAUCCUUCAACUAUCCGGAAUAGGAAAAUCAGAGGAGUUAAAAAAAUUAAAUAUACCCAUAAUUAGUGAUUUAUCCGUGGGUAAUAAUCUGCGUGAUCACUUGGUGAUGCCUAUAACAAUAUCACAUAAUAUGACAGAUCCAAAAUUAGACCUACGAACUGCUCUUAGACAGUAUAUUGAUCAUAAAGGUGUACUUGCUGGCAAUGACGCAGAAAUAUUGGGUUUUUAUGAUACAAAUAAAGGAAAGUAUCCUGAUUAUGAGUUGGUGAUGACACCGCAAUCACCAAAUCCCAUAGAAGGUGUAAGUAGUUUAAAAUAUUCGACUGAUGUACUUGAAGAUAUGUCAAAUAUUCCAGAUCAGAUUUUUGCUAUAGCCAGCACUUUGCAAAAUACUAAAUCGGUUGGUUCAGUAAAAUUACAAAGUAACUCACCGUACAAUUAUCCAGAAAUAGAUUUAAAUAUCCUUUCCAACGAACAAGACUUUGAAAGGCUUUACAGAAUGAUGAAACAAAUUCAAAUUUUGACGCAAACAGAGGCAUUCAAAAAAAUAAAUGCUACAAUAGUACCCCUAAAACUAAGAGACUGUGUGAAAUAUGAAUAUGAUUCAAAAGAAUAUUGGUACUGUAUCUUCAGAAAAAUCGCUUUUUGUGGGUAUCAUCCAGUGGGAACUUGUGCCAUGGGUCGUAACCCUAAAAAGGGGGCUGUUGUAGACCCUAAAUUAAGGGUUUUUGGAGUCCAAAACUUGAGGGUUGCCGAUGCUUCUAUCUACCCAUACCCACUUAGAGCUCACAAUGCUGCCAACUGUGUUCUGGUUGGAGAAAUUGCAUCUGAUUUUAUUAAGGAAGAUCUAAAGUUGGCCUAAUUUAUAAUGUUCUUUUAAUAAAAUGAAC